GCUAAAAUGACGUUACGUAGGAAAAUAAAGAUUAUUCGAAGAAUUUUGUAUUAGUGAAUUGGCCUAAAAUUUACAUUUAUUUAUUUCAAUAUAAGAAAAGUUGAUAUAGAACUAUAAAUAAGUGAAGUAAUAUAGAACAUAAUAUAUUUAAAUUAGAUUUAUAAUAAUGAUGAAAUACUCUACAUCACCCACCCCUUCGACAAGCUUCCCUCGUAGUACGUCUCCUCUGCCUGCUCCAGCAAAUUAUCAGCCAACGACGGCCAGUGCAGCAGUAAAACGAUACAAAUAUUUGAGACGUUUGUUUAAAUUUAAUCAAAUGGACUUUGAAUUUGCUGCUUGGCAAAUGGUUUACCUCUUCGUAGCACCACAGAAAGUAUUCAGGAAUUUUAACUAUAGAAAACAUACGAAGUCACAAUUUGCGAGAGAUGAUCCUGCCUUUUUAGUGCUCUUAAGUGUAUGGCUUUUUUUAUCAUCAAUCUGCUUCGCUCUCGCGAUGGGUUUAAAUUGGAGUCAGCUAGCACUAUUCGUCUUGUUCGUUGUAUUUGUUGACUUCAUUGGAGCUGGAAUAAUUGUCUCCACAAUCUUUUGGUUUGUAAGUAACAAGUACUUAGCGGUGGACGGCGCAGGGGGGGACGUGGAGUGGGGAUACGCUUUCGACGUUCACAUCAAUGCGUUCUUCCCACCACUGUCCUUGCUUCAUUGCUUUCAGAUUUUACUUUUUAACAAUCUGCUGGUCCAUGGAGGUUUCCUGUCCUGUUUAGUGUCAAACUCAUUUUGGCUCGCUUCAAUCAUAUAUUACCUCUACAUAACGUUCCUUGGGUAUAGCAAUUUACCAAUGAUCAAGAACGCUCGAGUGUUUCUUCUGCCGCUACCAGCUCUAGUAUUGGCUUUCUGUGGAACGUUGAUCGCAAACUGGAAUCUAAGUCACAUGCUUAUGAAUUUUUACCAUUAUAGAGUUCUUUAGUGUCGCCGAAUCACUUGAAAAUAUUCUUUACAGAACAAUCGACUUUCUAAUGAUUUUAUAAAAUUAAAUAGACGUCAAUUGUCUGAUAAGUUUUGUCAUAUAAAAUUAAGUCAUUAUAAAUGUCAUAUUGUGUAAUAUCAUUGUAAAUAAUAUUUCGACUACAAU